AUCCGGUGGUCCAUAUAAAAGCAGUUUCAAAACCUUAUCUUACUUUACGAAUUGAGUCACUGAGACCUCACUAUGUUGAAGUGUCAUGGUGGAUGGUCUACACUUAUCCCACAUACCCUUUUACCUGUUUCUUCAAAUUAUAACAAUUCAACCUACUCAGCUGCGGGCAAUUGUUCUUCCAUUAAAGCUCUGAAACGAAGCAGUGAUCGGGUUUCGAGCACUCACUGUUGGGCUAGGCGGAGAGUGAGAUACGACGAAGAAGACGAAGAGGACGGAGAAGAAAAUGGACACAACGCAGAGAUAGCAAUGCUGGAGUUGUAUAGCCAGACUGCAAGAGAUGAAGCACUUCUUGUAAAAGCGUUGGUCGAUGGUCAAGAAGUAGAAGUUCUUAUCUUCAAGGGAUUCUCAUCAUGUUUGAGCUAUAAGACCUCUCCAGACCCAUCGAAGAGUGUUCUUCCAGCAAGGGCAGUGAUCAAGUCUAUUGACAGAAUCAAGGGUCCCUUUGACCCCUCCAAUAUUGAGUACCUCGAGAAAGAAAUAGCUUGGGAAACCUUCAAGACCCGUUUCCUCUCCUAUUGAAGACCCAAGAAAUUUCCUACUUGUUUGGCAUUUAUGGAGUGUACUUCUAUUUUCAUGAACUUGUGGCUACCUACAAAUACCAGAUGCGUCGUAUAGUUACUUGAAGUGGAUCCCUUCAUCUAUACCAAAUCACGUCAUUUUGAUGUACGGUGACGUUUGUUAUUGUU